AGAUAACGUUUAAGAUUCCUUAGCAGUAUUCAAUUGUGUGCCUUACAUUGUAUUAGUUUAGUGAAUAAUUUGUUAAUUUAAUAGUAAAAUGAACAGUGUAGGGGAUACUCAUAAAGGAAUUGUUAAGAAAGAGGAUGAAUUUAAAGUUUCAGACUGGGGCUACCGGCAUCAGCAAUGUGUUUUACUGUUCUGCUGCCUCACUACUGCGUACAGCAUGAGAGCUUGCAUGGGAGUCGCUCUUGUGGCUAUGACAGAUACAUCACUCACCCUCUCGAACAAUACGCUCAUCAUAUUUGAAAAUGUAACGAAACAUGAUAAUGCUACUGAACAAAGAACAUCUGAUACUGAAGAAUUUAAUGAAAGUAAAUUGCUGCAUAGUUUAUUGCUGAUUCCUCCGUAUCCAAAGUUUGAAUGGACGAAGCAGAUUCAGGACACAAUACAAUCUUCGUUUUUCUGGGGCUACAUGCUGACACAGAUACCAGCCGGCCAGAUCGCUCAUUAUUUUGGAGCCAAAGAGAUGCUGACUGGAGCACUGCUGAUCAACAGUGUCGUAUCCUUGCUCCUGCCGUGGGCAGCCUUUUAUGGUGGAUGGGUGUGUACGAUUAUCUGCAGAAUUCUCCAAGGUCUCAGCCAGGCUUGCGUUAUGCCAGGAAUGCAUACAAUAUUUGGUAAAUGGGCACCACUUCAAGAGCGGGGACGACUUACAGCAUUUGCUUACGGAGGACAAGCACUGGGCAUAGUUCUGGGGUUGCCUAUCACCGGGUUCAUAUCGGCGUCGCCACUGGGAUGGCCUGGGCUAUUCCGGUUCUACGGAAUCCUGUCGGGAGUAGUUGCAGCGGCGAUGUGGUGGCUGGGAGCUGACUCACCGGCGCAGCACACUGCUAUAUCAGCCAGUGAAAGGAGAUACAUUGAGGAAGAUUUGGGUCAACUUGGCGCUCACGGAAAGAAAAAGAAAGCAGUUCCGUGGGGCGAAAUUCUACGGAGUCGCGGUCUAUACGCCAUCGUAGCUGCGCACAUCGGACAGACUUGGUGCCAGCUGACGUUGUACACGGAGGUCCCAGCCUACAUGGAUAAGGUUAUGGGCGUCAAUAUCAAAGCGAAUAGCCUGCUCACAGCGCUGCCGUUUCUCGUGAUGUGGUUCACGAAUUUCUUCUUCAGCUGGUUCACGGACAUGCUAAUCGUUAAGAAAGUACUGAGCGUCACAAAUACUCGGAAAUUAGCGAAUUGUAUGGGAACAAUCCCAGCAGCGAUAGGACUUAUCUCUUUGGCAUACGCUCCGAAGAAUGUGUAUGUUGUUGAAAUAAUUUUGAUAUUCAUCUGCGCUUUCAAAAUAUCAUGCUCUGUUGGUUUUCAAGUGAACCACAUCGACAUCUCCAGCAACUACUCGGGAACCAUGAUGAGCAUCAGUAACUUCGCAUCGAACCUGGUGGGAUCGCUGGCGCCUCUCGCCGCAGGGUUCAUCCUCACCGAUGCCACAGACGCGAACCUGUGGAAACAAGUAUUUUUCCUAUCUGCAACAAUCGUUUUUGUAACAAACUUGAUUUACGUACUAAUGGGAACUGCGAAGCCCGCAAAAUGGAAUGACAUUCACGAGGAGAUGGACGGCCCCGAGACGGAAACCAUGUUAGAGCGUGCUGAAAACGAGACCAAAGAUAAAGAGAAAAACUCAUAUUAAUAUAGUUGUGUAUAUAUAAGUUAAUUCGCAAUAGUAAUAUUAAUAACGAAAUUCAUUAGGAUCACAAAAUAUAUUAAUGAAAAUAUAUUAUA